AUGCCACCGCCUCCUCCAAGUCCACCACCUUUGCCGAAACCACCACCCAGCCCACCUCCCCCUCCGAGCCCACCACCUCCACCUAGCCCCCCUCCGGCUCCUCCUCCAAGACCUCCCCCCGCGCCACCGCCGCCGCCGAUGCCCCCUCCGAGGCCGGCACCGCCACCCAGUCCCGGUCCGCCGCCGAAGCCCCCACGACGCCCGAAACCGCCGCCAUGUUUGAACCCCUUACCGAAGAUGCCGCGGCCGAGGCCUCCGAAACCGUGGCGCGGGCCGAAGAAGAAGUGCUUGUCGUCCUCGACGGCGCCGCCACUGUCGCCGGCGACCCCGCUCGACAGCAACACAAGAACCACGAGAGCUGCACCCCACACCCCCAUUCUUCUUCUCUCCCAAGCCUCUCGUCUUCCCCUCCCCCUGCAACUCCGAUAG